AUGGUGAGCCCGACGUUCGAGGUGGACGACGACAACGCCGUGGAUGAGGCGGUGGCCAGGCUGCUCGGGGCCAUUCAGGAACCCGGCCCCGGCGCCGAGCCGGUUGACACGAUGAGCCCCAGCUUCCCCCCGCCACUGCCGGAAAUAUCAUUCGAUUUCGUUACGAGCGAUGUUGGUCAGUAUGGAGUCGCCUGGCGCGACAGCAGCCCGGACGUGCCCGUUGCGCCGAUGGGCGAGGCCGAGAUCGAGCACGAAGCAGACAGCACUACGCAAGAUGGAAUGAAGGAAUCGUCACCACCACCACAGCCUCUGCUUGACGAGACGUCGCAGCGAUCAGAGACACCGCCCGGGCGACCAGCAGAACCUUCGCCUCAGCCGACACUUCAAGAUUCGACUGUGGCGCGCCUGGAAAUCGCCAUCCCAGAAAUGCCGGCCGAGUCUCGCGGAGAAUACGACGAAGUUCACAGCCAUGUCGUCGAGCUCAUUGCGGAUGCGCUACCAGGCCGAGGCAACAUCGAAUAUCUAGUCGAGAUGACCGAUGGCCGAGAACAAAUGGUAUCGUCAGAAGAGCUGCGAUUCCUUGAAAACGGUUCCGAAGCGUUGCGAAUAUUCAACAGUCGGGACAUGUCGAGCCGCAAACGCAAGCAUGGCCCUGAGGAUGAUUGGGACUCUGAAGCGGACGAUCUCGAGUCCGAAGGCGACCUCAUGGACAUCGAUAUCGAUGACGAAGAUAUGCCCCGCCAACGGACAACGCGGGCUGGCCGCGCUUUGCGAUCUCGUGUUUCCAGCUCCCGUCAAGUCUCUGCGCCCAAAUCACUCUCCUCUGAUGAUGACAGCGACGAUGCCUUGAAAGCACGGUCAGCUCGCCCGACUCGCACGCUGCGGCAACGCCAGCCACAAUUAUCCAGUCUUUAUACCGCGAACACCAAGAGCGUAGUUGAUCUAGAAAACGAUGAGCUGGCUAAUGACCCUCAGCAACCUUCGGAUCAAGACGAUGACGACUUUCGCCCCGUGGUGUCAGACAUCUCGUACAAGAAGUCGAGGCGAAAUGGUGCUGCCCUUCAGCGCAAUAACAGAACGGGAAUACAGAGACAUCUCGUGCGAUCGCGCGCGAAAGCCAGAACUGGAUCAGAUGGCUCCGACAUUGAGUUCGAACAGCCACGCCGCUCCUCCAGGGCCACAAGGAACAUGCUUGAUAUGCGAGACGAUGCGUUGAUGGACGAUGACUCUUUCUACGUGAUAGAGGACAAGGCACCAGGAGUUCCCAAGGUCGUGUCGGUUCGGGAGGUGUUCCAACCGCUGCCCGUCGAUUCGGCUUUCGGUACGGUGCAUAUGGGCACUUGCCACACCUGCAACGGCUCAAAGCAGCGUGGCCAGAUUGUCCAAUGUCAAGGAUGCAGCCUCUCUUACCACAAGCACUGUUUGGGGGUCCGAAGCCAACGCGACCAUCUCGUGACCAAGGUUGGCGACGACAACUUCGUUCUGCAGUGCAGAUACUGCAUCAACAUAUAUCGGAAGAAGGACAAAGCAUCCCCGAAGCACAGCAUGUGCCAGACGUGCAAAGAAGACGGCGAGGCCUGCGUGCCUUUUUCCCAGAAGAAAACUUCCCGUCAAGAAGAAAAGCUGCGCGAGGAGAACGGCGGCACGGAUCCCAUCACAACAGUUUCGCCCAGGCUUAUCAACAAUCAGGAGGUCCUGCUAUUUCGAUGCGUUACCUGUCACCGGGGCUGGCACCUUGACCACCUCCCUCGCGCUGGGAGUGAGCCGAUAGGAACGGACGUCAAGUCGGAGCGACUCAAGGAUUAUAUGGUCGACUGGCAAUGCAACGAAUGUAGCACGACAAAGCACAAGAUCCACCGUCUGGUGGCUUGGCGACCGUCCAACCAACUCGGGGUUGACGAGAGUCUGAUACCUUCAUAUGACAGCCUGAGCGACGACGACAAGGAGUAUCUCAUCAAGUGGGAGACCCGCUCCUAUUUCCACUGCACAUGGAUGUCAGGUGCCUGGGUCUUUGGCGUAUCUGCGCCCACAAUGCGGAUUUCUUUUGGCAAGAAGGAUGCUCAGCAGAGUCUGCUCAGUAUGACCGAGAAUGAGGCGAUACCCGACGAGUACCUCAUGGCCGACAUCAUCUUCAACGUGAAGAUGAAAUCGAGCGCCCCGAGAGCCAAAACCAGGACAGCUGAGCUGGAAAACAUUUCCAGUGUGAGCAAGGUCUUGGUGAAGUUUCAAGGUCUAGGCUACGAUGAUGUCGUCUGGGACUCGCCACCUAGUGAAGGCAUGGGAGAGCCUUACAGCGCCUUCCGGGAGGCAUACCACGAGUAUGUCGAGGGCAAAUACUUCCAAAACGAGCCUUAUCCCAAAAUCCGAGAGCGAAUCAGGCUGUUCAAGGCCGCCGACCUGCAAGAGGUUGAUGUUCAGCCUGCCGGCCUCAAGCGAGGCAAACUCAUGGGAUAUCAAGUGGAAGGCCUCAAUUGGCUUCUGGGAAACUACCAUGGUGAAAGGAGUGUCGUCCUGGCCGACGAGAUGGGUCUGGGCAAGACGGUACAGGUCGUUAGUCUCGUCACCUACCUGGUCCAGGAAAAGCCGAAGUGCUGGCCGUUCCUGAUUGUUGUUCCCAACGCGACAUGCCCGAACUGGCGCCGAGAAUUCAAGCAGUGGGCGCCGGGUCUCCGCGUGGUCACCUAUCACGGCGGCAGGGAGCCGCAGGAACUUGCGUACAAGUACGAGCUGUUCCCUCACGGCUCCAACGAUAUGAAGGCCCAUGUUGUCAUCAUGUCAUAUGACUCGGCCCAAGACCCAAAGACGAGAGUGCUCUUCAAGUCCGUACAUUGGGCCGGGCUGGUCGUCGACGAGGGACAGCGGCUGAAGAACGACCAGAGCCUGUUGUAUCUGGCACUGCGCGCCCUGAAGAUUCCUUUUCGGCUUUUACUCACUGGCACGCCGCUGCAGAACAACAAGCGGGAGCUUUUCAACCUCCUUCAGUUCAUCGACACGAGUCAGGAUGCUGCGUCCCUCGACGAAGAGUAUGCCGUGCUUGAUAAAGAGACACUCCCGAGGCUGCACGAACAGAUUCGUCCCUACUUCCUGCGCCGCACGAAGGCCGGAGUACUAAAGUUUCUGCCGCCCAUGGCGCAAAUCAUCUUGCCGGUGACGAUGACGGUCAUCCAAGAGAAGCUCUCCAAGAGCAUUCUUGCCAAGAACCCGCAACUCAUCAGAGCCGUGUUCGCCAACGACAAGAUGAAGAGCAAGGACCGCGGCAGCCUCAACAACAUAUUGAUGCAGCUACGCAAAUGUCUUUGUCACCCAUUCAUGUAUUCCGAAGCCAUCGAAGAGCGCCACCACGACCCUUCAGUGCUCCAUCGGAAUCUCGUGGAAGCCUCGGCGAAGCUCCUCUUGCUGGAGAUAAUGCUGCCGAAGCUCAAGGAGCGAGGCCACCGAGUUCUCAUCUUCAGCCAAUUCCUCCAGCAGCUGGACAUAUUGGAAGACUUUCUCGCGGGCAUGGGCUUCCAGUUCAGAAGACUGGAUGGUGCAAUGUCAAGCUUGGAAAAGCAGCGCCGCAUCGACGCCUUCAACGCGCCAGACUCGCCUCUCUUCGCGUUCCUGCUGUCCACCAGAGCCGGCGGAGUUGGUAUCAAUCUGGCGACGGCAGACACCGUCAUCAUCAUGGAUCCAGACUUCAAUCCUCACCAGGACAUCCAAGCACUGUCCCGAGCGCAUCGCAUCGGCCAGAAGCAAAAGGUCCUCUGCUUCCAACUCAUGACCAAAGACACGGUCGAGGAGCGCAUCAUGCAGGUGGGCCGAAAAAAGAUGGCUCUCGACCAUGCGCUGAUUGAGAGCAUGGACGACGACGACCUCGCUGGAGAUGACUUGGAGUCCAUACUGAAACAUGGCGCCCAAGCGCUGUUUGACGAAAAUUACCAAGCGACGACGAUACACUACGACGGCCCCUCGGUCGACAAGCUUCUGGAUCGCUCACAGAUGGAACAGACCAAGGCAGACGACGAGGGCUCUGCCGACACGCAGUUCACCUAUGCCCGCGUCUGGGCUAACGAAAAGCAAGGUUUCGAUGACGGCUUGGACACCGUAGAGGACGAAGCUCCCGUGCCCAUCAACUCGAGCGUUUGGGAUAAGAUCCUGGCGCAGAGAGAGGAAGAAGCUCGGCUCGAGGCAGAGGCGAACAAGGAGCAUCUGGGGCGCGGUGGAAGACGUCGAAAUGCUAUCAACUACAAGACCAACGCCGCUCUCGAAGGCAUACCGCUGCCCGAGGGUGUCGAGCCAGAUUCCUCCGACUCUUCCGACGAGUUUGCCGGCGCCGAAUCCGCAGACGAGUCCGAGGACGAGGAUCUGGCCGCAAAAGACGGCGACCUUGAAGACGCCCUCGAGGCGGUCAAACCCGCGAGCGCCGGCGGCGCGGACUCCAGCAACGCCACGAAGCCGAAGCGCGCCAAAGCCUCAGAAAGCAAAAACUCCAGCGACACCAACUCCAAGAAGCCGAAAGGGACCGAAGCAGGGCGGUCAAGGCGCGGCCACCCCGGUGCGCAAGAAGUCACGACAGCUCCCCUUGACGCCAACCAAGGGGACGGGAGAAGCAAGUCCAUCAAAGCUCGUUAUCGAAAUGGCACAGAGCGAGGGCAAGGUGGUUCCUCAGUCACAGCUCCCGGUCCAGGCCAGCCCUGUUGGUUCUACGGCGACGCCAUGUCUGGUGGCAAUGGCAUCCCCGGCUACUACUAUCACCCUGCCGGAGGAAGGGGUCAACAGCAGCCCCUGCCAAGCUUAAUGAGCGGAGGGACAUACGGGUUCACGCCGAACGCUUCGUUUGCCCCUGCUGCCCCAGCAAGGCCGACGACUACACAGAGAGCGUUGGCGGACAACGUACCAAACAUGUACCUGAAUCGCAGCCUGUCAGAGGCUGAACUACGACUUGCUAUCGACGAACUGAGGCAUUCCCCGUCGGACCCCGCCGCGAACCAACAAAAGAUAUCUACCUUGCUGCACCAACUGAGAGUGCUGCGCAUGCAGGUCGGACCGGCGAAAAGGUGA